UACUCGACUUGAGAGCAGCUCUUUAAUCUCGCCUGACUGUAAAGGGUGAUACAUUCAUUGCUAGGCUCUCUCUGUCAACUUGCAGUAGCACAGUGACUGCUGUCCUUUUUACUAACCUAAAUUCUAUCUUGUCAAUUUAUAUUAUACAUACACUGGAACUAUGAGUUGGGAAGCUUGGGCCCCUCAUUUAAAACAAACUCAGUCUGGUUUUGAAGCUGCGAAUGAAUGCGGUAUAUAUUCGUUACAAGGAGAUCCUUGGUACAGCAGUAAUGAGCAGCUGAGUGCAAAAACCAUCAAGGAUUUAAGAGAGAUGUUUAGUUCUACUUGUGACAUGUCGUCCGUUGAGUUUCGAGAAACUAAGUAUUUUAAAAUACGUGUUGAUGAAAAUAUUGCAAGGUUUAAGCAUGCUACUAAAGGUGGAUUGGUGGUUGGGUUAGGUAACGAAUGUAUUAUUAUAGCAGAAUGCGGUACGGAAUCAAGCCUAUUGUCUAAUAGUGUAGUAUCUGUUGAAUAUGUUUUAACACAGCUCAACAAUACUCAGAUAAGCCAGUGAUCAAACAGAAACGAACUUCAUUCAAGUGUAUGGCUUUUUCUCCACAUAUACAUUCCUUCAUGAUCUAAAUAUCUGCAUGACAGCAUCAAAUUAUAAAUAUUAAAAAUUUUUUUAAUGGAAAAACAAAAUAUGAAUGGCAUAACUUAGCGAACCUAACAUAAUAAUUCAAUAAAAUUGUUCAUGCAUGUAAUCUUUCAAUUAAAAGCAUCAAGUGCCGAAAAUGAACUCUAAAGAGUUGUGUCUUUGUCUUUUUAUUUUAGCUAUAAGUGUUAAUUGGUUUUCAUUAGCCUAAUGCAAAACAGCACAUUGUAUCGCAGUUCUGGCAAUAAACAUCUCUAUCUAAACUAUU